AUGCAGGAUAACAAUGGUCAUAUUUUACAACCAUUACUUUCCGCCUUGCGUUACAUAAAUAGACCAUUUGUAAUAAAAGGGCAGCAAUUGCAAGCUUUUCUACAGGCACUUCGAGAUGUAGCGAACAGUAAAAGUUGCUACGACAAUGAAAACUGUUUUACAGAUGAUGAUUUUAAGACUGUAACACCUAUUACAAAAGAACAGUUUCAGGAUCUGUAUACAUACUGCGAUCGAGUGCCUCAAGAACACGGUUUCCGAAACAUUAGUAAAAAAGACCUUUUGACUUUUUUAUAUAAGUUACGGCAAGGAUUAUCUGACGAAUUUCUUAAAGUCAUUUUUCGAUAUUCCUCUAGACAGUCGGUAAGUUUAGCUAUUACCAAAGUUCGACAGUCUUUAUUACAAAGAUUUGUCCCGAUGAAUAUUGGUUUUCAAGCAAUAACUCGAGAUGAAUAUAUAACGAAUCAUGUUACGUCUUUUGCAAAUGAGUUAUACAAUUCUGAACCGAGUAUUUCAAAAGUAAUUGCUUAUAUUGAUGGGACUUAUUCGUAUAUUAACAAAAGUAGUAACUUUCGUGUUUUACGACAAACGUAUUCCGUACAUAAAGGUCGACAUUUGGUAAAACCAGCGUUAAUAGUUGCUCCAGAUGGAUAUAUACUGGCUAUUCAAGGACCAUACUUUUCUGACUCGCGAAAUAAUGAUGCUCGAAUGUUAAAUAGCGAAUUUGAACGCGACGUGAAUGAUAUGAGACAAUGGUUCCAAGAUGGCGAUAUUUUCGUAUUAGAUCGUGGGUAUCAAGAUGCCCAACCGUUACUACGUGAAUUAGGCAUUCAUUACAGGAUGCCAGCCUUACUUGAAUGCCAUCAGAAACAACUAUCUACCGAAGAGGCAAAUGAGUCUCGAUUGGUGACGAAAACAAGAUGGAUAGUUGAAACUAGAAAUGGGCAUAUUAAGUCUAUUUUUAAGUUUUUUAACCACAUAAUUAAUAUGCACCAUAUUCAUCAUCUUGGUGAAUUUUAUAAUAUUGCAGGGGCUAUAAUUAACAAAUAUCACCCGCUAAUUUCAAUGGAAGGCGUUAAUACAAAAUUGGCACAAGAACUUCUUCAUAAGUCCAAAGAAGUUAAUGUUGUGCACGCACGAGUUGAAAUUGAAAGGCUGUGCUAUAGAAAUGCAAUGUGGAUACAUUUAAAUGACGAGCAUUUACAUAAUUUUCCGCACCUGACCUUAGAAUAUUUACGAGAUUUGACGAUUGGAACAUUCCAGGUUCGUCUGGCACGAUCUUACGUUCAGGAUAAAAUGCAGCGUGACGACACAGAAGAGUUUCAAUUAGAUUCGCUCCUUGACGAACCUGGUCUCAUAAGGGUACGAGUGUUUUCACGGUUUAGAAAUGCUACAAAACAUCAAAUAUUUAUAGCAUACAACAUUCUUGAAUCAGAUGGUGUAGACGAUGAUACCGAGCCAAUUUUAGGUUAUUAUUGUACCUGUAAAUCUGGUGCAAGGACCCUUGGUACAUGUUCACAUGUGGCAAGUGUGCUGUGGUACCUAGGGUAUGCAAGGUAUCAAGACAAUGUUCGUUAUCCGUCUUCGUUAUUGUUAGAAAUACUAUUAGAUGCUGCUCACAGACCACCGCAACAACAUCCAAACGAGAACUUCAAUAUUGCUAAUUCUGACUGA